GUUGCCACCACCCCACCACUCCAUUCUUCUCUCAUCUUCUGCUUUUCUACUUCUCCCACACACCUUUUUGCUCCUCAACUCCUACGUGUUUCCCCUCUCUCUCUCUCUCUCUCUCUCUCUCUCUCUCUCUAUCUCUCUCUCUGUAUCUCUGAAAAUUGACGCCAUGACUGAGGACGAGUGGGUGAAGGCGGCGAUGCUCGACGAUUCCAUGGUGGUUGAGCUGUUGUUAGGGCUCAACCACUCCUCCGCCAAGCCUAAUCCGAGUUUUCCGCUCGAUUGGAGCGUGCGUCAGCGCCGUUCCAAACCGGUAACCGCCAGGCCGAAGAAAGCGGCCACGAGGGAUAGCCCUACCACGCCGCUGUCCUGGAGCGGCGCCACCUCCGUCAGCUGCGGCGGAGGCGCCGGUAGUAGUGGAGGCGGCGCCGUUGACGGCGGUCCUGAAGAGUCCAGCUGUCCUAAUCCGCCGCCUCCGUCGUCAAAAGCAUCUGGAAAACCGAGAUCUAAGCUAAAUGAGACAAAGGAAAAAAGAACUACCAAGAGGUCAAGAAGGAAAAAGACAUUGGCUGAACUCAAAGAAGAUGAGGUUGUGCUACUAAGGGAAAGAAGGCUGCUACAGAAGGAACUAGCAACGUUGCGUGCCAAUUUGGAUAAACAAAGGGCCACUAACGAAAAUCUGAAGAGAAUGAAGCUUGAUUUGCAAUCUCAGCCAGCAAGCAAACGAGAUGUAUCAUUCACUUCUGAUCUGAUAUCUCCCGCUGUCCAACAAAAACCAGCGACAGGCCUUGAUGAGAUCGGGCUUGGCCUUCCGGAUCUAAAUCUUCCAGUCGAGGCGGAAGGGGUGCAUGAGGUUGAGUGUGGAAUGAGCUAGAAUUAAGUCCCGGAAACGCCUUUGGGAAGUGAGUGGGAUACAUAUCAGAGAAGCAUUUAUAGCCUAAUAAGCUCUAACUUGUGCUUUUGCAACUUGUAAUUAAAUACCUGCCUUGGCCACUUUCCACUGAGAACAUGAUUGAUGAUUAGUGAAGAAGGUAGUGAGGGUAGAGUUAGGAUCAAGGAAUUAUAGUGAUGAUAGGUUAGAGAUCCUAGCUGCUGAUUAGAUGCAGUCACAUUCUUUUAUCAACAGGUUUCUGCAAUGUCCAAUUCUUUGGGGCAAACCCUCAUUGCUUCUAUUACUUUUUUUUUUUUUGGUUGACAAAAUUUUCACAGAUGGGAUGUAAUGUUUAUAUAGGAAAUGAGAUUGGUUUUGGACCUUUUGGUAUAUUUUUGAGAGAAUAUUUUGAUAA